GUCUUAAUAGCUUUAGUAUUUUUAGAAGAUAUGACAGAUCUUUGAUGUAUAAUCGAAUUUACUUUUCAAACAUAAUAAUUAAAGGCUUUUAAUGUAAUUAUUAAUGAAGAUCGAAGCGCGAGUUAAAUAAGCACGAGUGACGUCAUGAUGUGAACACAUGAAUGCGCUGCGCGCGCACGCUCAUCAACUCGCAAAGCUUAUAUCAACAGCAGCAGAAGCGACGGACGCUCAAUACAGAUGACAUCAUGAGUUUGGCAGUCUGUGGUUACCAUGGUGAUGGUCAUUUUAACGAGGAUGCACCUCGACCUCCAGUGCCAGGUGAGGAGGACCGAGAGUUGGUCCAGUCAAGAGAUGGCACGCAAAUCUCCAAAAAGACAACUUCUCAUUGGGCAGAGGGUUCGACUGCCACGCCCCGCAGAUCUGACCUGAAUUUAGGCUUUGAACCCGAGGGCAGUGCAUCACGGACCGGCCCGUAUGAGGCCUGGGCGGAGACGCUCCUCACGCUGCUGGACGACCGGGACGGCACGACUCUCUUCCAGCACUUCCUGCGGGGCCUGGGCUGCUCCGACCUGCUGGACUUCUGGUUCGCCUGCAGCGGCUUCCGGAAGUUUCCCGCGGCCACGACGGAGCAGCGACUCAAACUGGCCAAAGCCAUAUACCGCUGCUACCUGUCCGAGCGCAGUCACAGCGCCGUGUCACGCCAGGUCGCCACAGUGACGAGGUGCGGCGUACUGGACGCCAUUCAACGCUCGCAACUGGACUCUGUCUUGUUUGCGCAGGCGCAUGCAGAGGUGCAGGCCGUAUUGGAGCACAGCCUGUUCCCGCUCUUUCUCAGGUCAGACGUGUAUUUGAAACACAGUCACGAUCAGAAACUCCGGACAAAACUCCCAGCAUCAACAGACCACCAGAACACAGUGUUACUGGGUCACCUGGACACGCCCUCACCUGAGAAGGGGGCGGAUCCUGAAACUGAGAGCCUCCCUUCCUACAACACUGCCAAUCAGAAGAGCCCAGACAAGAAGUGCAGGCAGAGGUGUCACACGUGUCAUCAUCACAUGAGAACAACACGCGUGAGAGAGUCAGCAUAUAAACACCUGCCGCACACACCAGUAAAGAUGAGGACACACACAUUCGCAGCUGAACUGAUGAGACGUUUACAGGAGCUACAGACUCAAACUCUUCCUGUGGAAGAGGAAGCUGAUGUCAUCGACAGAACCUCAUUAUGUCAUUCUGAAAAGACGAAAGAAAGCUCCACCCCCUCUCUGGGUUACUGUGAUACAGAUGAUGACAUCACACAGUUGCAUGAAACACGUGAAGUAAAGAGCCCUCGACACAAACAUGUACACACAAACUCUACUGAUGAUGCUCUGGACUGCAGUCAGACAGACACAAAGCAUUAUGGCAGGUGUGCAGGUGAGAUCAUAACAGUUGUAUAUUAUUUCUGUGGUGAGUUGGUUCCAUACAGGACGUGUGUUGAGGGCAACACUUUGACCCUCGGUCAGUUUAAAUCGCUGGUGACCCGCAGGGGUUGGUACAGGUUCUUCUUCAAAAGAGCCAGCAGUGAGUUUGAAUGCGGUGUGGUUUAUGAAGAGAUACGAGAAGAUGAGAGCGUCCUGCCAACGUAUGACCAUAAAAUCAUCGCAAAAGUGGAGAGAAUGAAUAAAUGAACAAAUGAUGUUGUGUUCUGCUGAUACAGGAUCAGUUAAUCUUCAGACAUAUGUUAACAACACUGUUGUUGUUAUUGAAUAAAAAGUCAUUUACUGUA